UUCCUCUCUGGUAGGUGUCAGUAUUGUAUGAAUGUUUCUGUGUGAACAGUGAAGAAAACAUCAGAGUUCACAAGAGCGAGUUAGGAAACGUGGCCUUAUGAGCGAACCGGACCUAUAUCAAAGAGAAGCACGCGGAAUUGACACGCACAUCUCUCUUAAAGGAUUACAUUGUUUACAGUAUUUAAACACACACACACGCGCGCGCGCGCUGAAACAUGGAAGAUGCAGAGCAUAGUGCAGCGGUGCCGAACGGAUCCAGUAACGGUUCGGAUGCGGUAAACGGGACUGCGGCCCGGUUCGUGUCCAGCGCCGAGGGCACUGCACUGGCAUACGGCAGUUUGUUGUUCAUGGCCCUCCUACCCAUAUUUUUCGGAGCUCUGAGAUCUGUGGGCUGCUCCAAGACUAAGAAUGCUUCAGAUAUGCCUGAGACCAUCACAAGCAGAGAUGCCGCACGCUUCCCGAUUAUUGCCAGCUGUACUCUCUUUGGCCUGUAUCUUUUUUUUAAGAUUUUCUCUCAAGAAUACAUCAAUUUACUGUUAUCUAUGUAUUUCUUUGUGCUGGGAAUACUAGCACUUUCACACACCAUGAGUCCUUUUAUGAACAGGGUUUUUCCUGCCAACUUGCCAAAUAAGCAAUACCAGCUGCUUUUCACACAGGGCUCUGGGGAAGGCAAAGAAGAAAUUGUCAACUAUGAGUUUGACACUAAGGAUCUGAUAUGCCUGGUCAUCAGCAGUGUGGUGGGGUUCUGGUACAUUCUUAAGAAGCAUUGGGUAGCUAAUAACCUAUUUGGUCUGGCCUUUGCUUUGAAUGGAGUUGAGCUGCUCCACCUAAACAAUGUCAGCACUGGCUGCAUCCUCCUGGGAGGUUUGUUUGUUUAUGAUGUGUUUUGGGUUUUUGGCACCAAUGUUAUGGUGACUGUUGCAAAGUCUUUUGAAGCCCCCAUUAAAUUGGUUUUUCCUCAAGAUUUGCUGGAAAAAGGUUUAGAUGCCAGUAAUUUUGCUAUGCUCGGACUUGGGGACAUUGUCAUUCCAGGAAUCUUCAUUGCUUUGCUCCUACGCUUUGAUGUCAGUUUGAAGAAGAAUACAAGAACUUACUUUUAUACCAGCUUCCUGGCAUACAUAUUUGGCCUUGGUCUCACUAUAUUUGUUAUGCACACCUUUAAACACGCUCAGCCUGCUUUGCUAUACCUGGUCCCUGCUUGUGUUGGAUUUCCAGUACUGGUGGCCCUGAUUAAAGGAGAACUGACUGAGAUGUUCAGCUAUGAGUCAACAGAUGAGGUUUUGCCACACAGCCCACGGCUCAGUAAUUUUCCCACAGUUUCAGGCUCUCCAGCUAGUCUGGCUAACUCCAUGCAGAGUUUCGCCCUCUCUUCCCCUCGUUGCCGUCGGCGCACAUCCCCUGACAUGUAAAGACUUCGCUUCUCCUUUCCAUUCUGUCCACUUUGCAGGUACGAGGAGUCUUCACCGGAUGACGGACCAUUGAAAGAAGAAAUGACAGAAACUGACAAAGACAAAUAGGUGUGAAAUAAGUCCACAUUUAUGCCCUUGGUUUGUCCUGAGUUUGUCAUAGCACAGUUCUGGAAACCUGUCACAAUCUGCAUUUGCUAAUGGCAAACUGUUCUGUACUUCAAACUUGUACAGUAGCUUUUUCAGUGCCUGUAUCUCUUCUUUGUUUUUGUUUUUUAUUUCACUGCCUUCCACAUUCUUACUCAAUAAUUUAAUUGGAUUGGAUAUUUAAUUUUUAUUUGUGAAGUGUAGAUGACAGAAUUUGUAUGUUAAAUGUCAUGCUGAGCAGAUUUUUUUUUACGAAUCGGUCUUAUACCGCAUGGAUUCACAAGUAGCAGUUUUCCCCCUCUAGGAUCAUAAUUUGUAUAAUUAAAAACCAAAGUUGGACCAAAUAUUCCUCAAUUUUGGAAUGUUCUCACAAUUUCAGACUUUAAAUUGACCAGUUAUUAUUCCAUAUUGAGGACAGAUCUGAUGUGUUCAAUUCAUGCUUAGGUUGGUUCAGUUAGCAAUAUUUUACAAUUUCUUGUGUAAUCUGUGUGAAUGUAAAGUGCAAGUUGAAACUUAAACUUAAACUCAAUUAUUUUUUCUUUGCAUUAAAAUGCUUUUUACCAUCAA